AUGGCCAACGUUUCAAGUUCAAAUUUGACCAGCAAGUUUUCAAACACUAUUGUGGACCAAGAGUUAUCUUCCCUAGCUAAGGCUAGUUAUAUCAUUAGCAUCAUCUUCAACAGCAUCACUUGUCCUUUCACGGUUUUGCUUAACGUGUUGGUGAUUUUGGCGGUGAAAAGCAGACCACGCCUUCAGAGUAAACCCAAUAUCUUGUUGGCUUGUUUAGCAGUAACGGACGCCAUGAAUGGUCUCUCAGCACAGCCGGCCUUUAUCUUUAGCAACGACACUGAAACUACUACGUAUGACCAGCUACCUCCGCAUUUCAGUCUAUUACCAGAACUUCGCCUCGCGCGUCCUGUACGUUUGUUCCGCGCUGCACCUGAUGUUGGUGACUUUGGAGAGACUUGUAGCGAUCAAAUUUACAAUGCGAUACCCGUACGUUGUCACAAACAGAAACAUCAAGGUGGCGGUGAUCGCAUUUUGGAUCGUUUGUCUUUGCUCUGA